AUGACCCCUGAGAAAGCGGUCCGUGCUUCAAAAGACUUCAACGACAUUGAAAGCAAGACCUACGAUGACAUUCCUCCGAAAGCUCCAUCCAGGAAUCAAACAAACAUGAUCGAAUCAAUCAACUUGCCUCGAAGGAAACUAUUAGACACGGGUACACAGAAAGCAUAUUCUGUAGAGAAUGUCAACGAGGCAAGGGGCAAUGUUGGUGUGUUGCUGAAAACGGAUAAUGCUGCCGGAUUCGGCAUGAACAUCCAGGGCAGCAUGAAUGAGGGCAUCUAUGUGAAAACUAUCGUCCCAAUGGGUGCAGCAGACCAAACCGGCAAUAUUCUCCCUGGUGACCGCAUAAAGUCAUUGACUAUCAACUUCGAUAAUAUGGUGUAUGAAGACGCGCUGACGUUGCUGAGCUACGCUUCGCCGUACAAAGUCAAGUUUGAGCUCGAACGAAAAGUUGGAAACCCCACCACCGAUGGAGUGACGACACAUGUGGCAGGUGCAAGGAUUCAUCCGCUGUUCCGUAGCAACACCUUGACACACAUUCACUUCAAUCCAAUCGGAGCGACGCGACCGUCAUCGUUCGAGAACCCCAUUCACAGUGAAGUUCCAAAGGUGGAAGAGGAGCCGGUGAAAGAAGUCAAGCAGCCGGAGGUUCAUGAAAAGGAAGUCGAGAAACCACAUGUGGCAGAACCUGAAGAAAGCCCUCCACCAACAAACCCUCCUGAGCUCGCCCCAUCAGCGGUGAUCAGUGAGGUGGCUGACAGCACUACUAUAGAUACCGACUUGUCAAAGAUGGAGAGCAGCGACUACGCUUCGGACAACACGUCAGAGUAUCGGGAGAGUGAGAAUGAAGGCUGCGGGAACGGAAUCCAGCCAGCAAUAGUCGAACCUCCUCCUCCACCACCAUCACCACCUCCUCCUGUUCAGGAAUCUGUCACUGAACGCGACGGCAUGCUUGUCAGUUUAUGUCAUUUCCUUGAAAUUACAGACGUCACUGAUCUGCCUGUAGAGAAGGCACCAACGUCGACGGUACCGGUGUCACCUAAAGUGGAGCAUUGCAAAGUUUUGCCACCAAAAGUAAAACCGCCAGUAGCACGGUCACCGUCUCCCAAACUGAGACCUCCGCCACCGAAAGCUCCCUCACCAGCGCCGUCGAUGAAGGCUUGCCAGCUUAGGAAGAGUCGAGAGGAUUGCAGCCAUGCACGAACGACGGAAGACUCAUCCGGUCCUCCGGAGAUUGUUGAGGCGAGAGUGUCGCGUAUACCGAAACGAACGGAUAGCAUAAAAACGCCAAUCAUCGAAAGAAAAUUGCCUCCAUUGCCAAAAUCUGUAACGCAGCGUAGUCAUAGUGCUGAGGAAAAGAGUCGCGAGGAUGUGUGGAGUCGUCUGUACACGGACAAGAGAAACAUGCUUCGAAAGACACGCGAUGUCGAUUCGGCUAGAGCUUCAACCGCAGAGCACGACAUCACCACAACGAUGGCCUUCGCCUUUGCCAUCACCGUCAGGACAGCUUCGUCCUCCCACUGA